GCCCUCCCUCCGUUAUAUUUACGUACCAACCAUAUUCUGUUUUUUCGUGGACCGCAUUCACUUUCUCCUACCUCGUCCUUCUUACCCAACCUCAACCUGUUUCUCCGAGAAUCACAUCCAACGCUUCUGUCAUGGAGGAAGUUAACGUUGUGGAAACUAAGGAUGGAACUGUCUCAGUAGCUGCUGCGUUUGCUGGUCAUCAGGAAGCCGUGCAGGAUAGAGACCACAAAUUUUUAAGAAAAGCUGUUGAAGAAGCAUAUAAAGGGGUAGAUUGCAAAGAUGGAGGCCCUUUUGGUGCUGUUAUAGUUCAUAAUGAUGAAAUAGUUGCUAGUUGUCACAACAUGGUUCUGUGUAACACAGACCCAACUGCUCAUGCUGAGGUGACAGCAAUAAGAGAGGCUUGUAAGAAGCUUAAGCAGAUAGAACUUGCAGAUUGUGAAAUAUAUGCUUCUUGUGAACCUUGCCCCAUGUGCUUUGGUGCAAUCCACCUUUCUCGAAUUAAGAGGUUGGUUUAUGGAGCGAAGGCUGAGGCAGCAAUUGCUAUUGGGUUUGAUGAUUUCAUUGCAGAUGCACUGCGAGGUACUGGAUUCUAUCAGAAAGCAACACUGGAAAUUAAGAGAGCUGAUGGUAAUGAGGCCAUCAUUGCUGAAGAGGUUUUUGAGAAAACAAAGGAAAAAUUCCAAAUGUAUUAGAUAUGUCAUUCUUUUCAGAAUUGCUUUCAUUUAAAUUAUUGAAACUGUUGAUAGUGGAUUGAACUCAUUUGAGUACAACAAAUUCUACGAUACAAGUUGGAUUUGCCUCAGAUAAUGACUAUCUCAUUGUUAACCAAUUCUAAUAUACAUCCUCACACAGGAGGAUAUUUGAUACA